AUGACUGCAACCAAAGGCAAGUAUAAUAAAAGUCAAAAAUACGUGAACAAAAAUGAUAAUACAAAACCAGGAAAAUGCAAUCACUGUCAAAAACCAGGACAUUGGAAAAGGGACUGCAGGAUAUUCAAAAAGGAACAAGAAGAAAAGAAAUCAACUUCCGGUUUGGCACUUAUUGGUGUACAAAGAAAAAAUGAAGAAAUCGACGACUCAGACAAAUGGUAUGUAGACUCAGGUGCGAGCGACCACAUGAAAAAUCGAAAAGAGUGGUUCGGCGAUUAG